AUGAUCCGCGUCAUUCUCAGUGUCCUUGGUAUAUCUCAGCUCUGGGCGGUGUCUAAAGAUUCCUGGUGUCAAUGGAGAAAGUUACGGCAGAUGAAAAAGAGCUACCAGGCAAUUAUGUGUGGAAAGGGCGCUUCCAGCACCGUAAUAAAUAGUGACGGGAGCGACAUUACCGCCACUCAAUCAGCGAGCGACAAGCAUUAUAUAAACGAUACCGCAGAUAUUACACCAACGACGGGCAGCACAGCUAACGACACGACACGUACGAUACCACUGUUCCUUAGUUAUUAUGCAAAACUGGUACUGGAGCUCAAGGAACAAGAAAAGACAUUACUCGAUGCUGGUGAAGCGCGAAUGCUGAACAUGGCUUCGACUGCGAUGGUCUUGUGCGCUGUUGGUUUCAUUCCUUCUUGCAUUGCAUCACUGGGUGUUUUAUACGACGACGACACUAUUGGUGCAGAGUACGAACACGACCAAGCUACUGUUGGCCUCCUGUUGGUUUUGUUGGGAGUCUGGUGCUCCUUCAGCAUAUUGCAAACGAUCUUCUGGUACCGCAUGAUUCCAUCAUAUGUCAGUCGCAGGGUGUUAGGCAAACUUGUAAGGUCCCGACGAAGAACCUCCACCGAGAUUUACCACGUACGCAUUUUAAAUCAAUUACGGCAAGAAUGGAAACCAAGUCGGCGAAGUAGCGGAGCACAUAAGACGAUGGUGAAUCCACAGUUGAUCGACAAAUGCCUACUUGACAUACACACAAAUGGACUCGACGAAAUCGUCAUCGAUUCUACCGACCGCAUUAUUGUUCUUCAAUUUCUUUUUCCAUUCCAUGAUAUCAUCAACUGGUUGAUGUAUCCUGUCAUGCUGUUGCUCCAGGUUAUCAUUUUGUACUUUCUCUGGCGAUUGCCCAAGAAUGAAGAUUAUGAUACGUCAAUGAAGGGUCAAAACAUUUUUUCGAUUUGGAUCUUUGUCCUCAACGCUCUUUUGAUACUCGCCACGCCAUCACACCGGUGUCCAGCCUGCCAAGACGACGACGAUGAUGUCGACAGUGAUGACAACGGCUAUAAUCAUCAUGCGCUCCAUAGACAAGAUCUAUAA